GCAAUAAAAAACUUCUCGACAAUAUAAAAACCUCUCAUUCAAUUCAGUAUUGUGUGUCAUCUUAUAUACUAUAUAUAUAAAUUGUUUUCAAAUGCACAUGGCCUUUUGAGCUUCUACUCUUCUCUGCUCUUCCACAAUUGUUUUUCUUUCCCUCUCACAUGAUCUACAGUGAAAAAAGGGGGGUUACAGAGGCUGACGAGAUGACAUGAAUCGCAAGGCCAGAUGGAUUUUCCCCAAUCUCAACUUCUUUCGCUUUUCUGAUCUAAGUGGCAUCCGAUAAACAAAACUUAUUCGUGGAAAUGAUUAUCGCGUUUCAAUCAUUCCUUCUCCAGUCGGUAAAUUUUAUCGGUUUCCGCCAUUUUUGCAGAAUUUUGACAAGUAUCGAUGAUUCUUCUUCUUUCAUUUCGAAUUUGCGGAUCAUGUCAAUGAAACAAUCUGUUAAUUGCGUAUAGACUUCAUUGACGCUCAAAAUCACAAUUUCCUCAAAGUAAACAGACAUCGAUACUUUUUGUACUAUUAUUAUUAUUAUUGUUGUUGUUGUUCUAAAAUGGUGAACGAGAUGGAGGAUGAUCAUGUUGAAGAUAUGGAGGUUGAAGUCCUAUCUUCAAUGUGGCCUGAAGACAUUGAUGAAGCUGGAAAAAAGUUCAAUGUAGAAAAACCAGGACUCCAUGAAGAUAUGUUAGAGGAUCUUGCCUUCAUUGAAGAGCCUAGUAUAGUUGACUUCAAAAGGCUAGUAGAACUCACAAGUUACAGUGAAAAAGGGUCCUCACAGUUAGCUUACCUUGUAAAAAACUGGGAAUAUAAACAAGAAAAUGCUGUGAGACUUUUGAGGGAAGAGCUUGAAAACUUGAGCAAACAACAACAUGAAGUCCAGCUUAAAAAAUUAGAAAUCUUUGAGCAACAUCGUUUUGAGGAAAGUUAUGAAGGUGAUAAACGUCCGGUUUCUGUGCUGGAUGGAGUUUAUGAAAUAUUUCAAGAUGUACCCAAGAAAAGAAAUGAUGUUAUUGUUGAAGAUAAACGGGUAGAAAUAGAUGCUGAAUAUGAUACAGUUAUAUAUUGGAAGCAAAAGGCAUUGCAUUUGGGAAAAUUGUUGGAAGAAAGUGUUCAAAGAGAGCAUAUACUUUUGGAAAAGUUGGAGGAAAGCAUUGAAAACCUUGAAAAACAAUCAUCGCCUGUUGAAGAACUGUCCCAGAUCUUGAAAAGAGCUGAUAAUUUUUUACAUUUUGUUCUUCAAAAUGCACCCGUUGUUAUUGGCCAUCAGGACAACGAGUUGCGAUAUCGCUUCAUUUAUAAUCAUUUUCCAAGUUUACGAGAAGAGGAUAUAAUUGGGAAAACAGAUGUAGAAAUAUUCAAAGGUGGCGGUGUAAAGGAAUCCCAAGACUUCAAAAGAGAAGUUCUUGAAAAAGGAUUACCAGGAAAAAGAGAAAUAACAUUUGAGACCGAAUUAUUUGGUGCCAAAACAUUUUUAAUAUAUGUUGAACCUGUUUUCAGCAAAGAUGGAGAGAAAAUUGGUGUAAAUUACAUGGGCAUGGAAAUCACUGAUCAGGUAAAAAAGAGAGAAAAGAUGGCAAAACUACGGGAAGAAAUAGCUGUGCAGAAGGCUAAAGAGACAGAACUUAAUAAAACUAUUCAUAUUACAGAGGAAACAAUGAGAGCAAAACAAAUGUUGGCAACCAUGUCACAUGAGAUAAGAUCUCCAUUAUCCGGGGUCGUUAGCAUGGCAGAGAUUUUAUCAACUACAAAACUCGAUAAGGAUCAAAAACAACUCUUGGGUGUUAUGUUAUCUUCUGGUGAUUUAGUUCUUCAACUUAUAAAUGACAUUCUUGACCUUUCCAAAGUCGAGUCAGGAGUUAUGAAGCUGGAGGCUACAAAAUUUAGGCCUAGAGAAGUAAUCAAGCAUGUUCUUCAAACUGCUGCUGCAUCGUUGAAAAAGAUGUUGAUUUUGGAAGGACACGUAGCAGAUGAUGUCCCAUUGGAGAUUAUUGGUGACGUUCUACGGAUUCGACAGAUUCUCACCAACUUGAUCAGCAAUGCUAUCAAGUUCACUCACCAUGGGAAGGUUGAGAUAAAUCUGUACGUAAUAGCAGAUCCAUAUCCUGAAGGCCAACAAGAAGCGAAGAAUAUAAACACAGAUGACUCAUCGAUCUCAACAAAAAACGAUCUCCUGUUAAAUGGACAUGAGGAGAAUGAACCUCAAUCGCAUGAAACAGUAGUCUGGAUACGCUGUGAUAUUAAAGAUACAGGAAUAGGAAUACCAGAAACUGCAUUGCCCAAUUUAUUCAAAAAAUACAUGCAAGCUGGAGCAGAUACAGCUAGGAAAUACGGUGGGACUGGAUUAGGUUUAGCGAUCUGCAAACAAUUGGUUGAGCUGAUGGGAGGGCAUCUGACUGUAUCGAGUAAAGAACAUUGUGGAUCCACAUUUACUUUCAUUUUACCACAUAAAGUUUCACAUCCAUGUGAUGGUUCAGAUGACACUGAUGAGUUCGGCGACAUGGCCGAUAACGACGAGUCUGAAGAUGAAGACAUCACUUGUGGCUUUUUCCAAUUCAAGCCACACACGUUAGGCUCCGUGUUCUCUUCUAAAGACAGAAUCAGUGUGCUUCCGGAUAAUUUGUAUUCCAUUCCUUCGAGUAAAGUUGCUCUCAAAGAGAUUAAUUCCAUGGAUGACGAUUCCUCUUGUUUUGAUACCUCAUCGGAACCUGAAAGUUGUUUGAAAUGUAACUCGGAGAAUGAAAAUACGACCUCCAUAGUCGUUGCUUCAUGUUCGCCUUCUUCAAAAACAGAUUUUAUGUGA